CUUUAAAUCGUUCGAAGACGACUCUCCAAGGACCGCUGUUGUCGACGACUCCGGCUCCGAGUCAGGCGUUGGGAUGGAAUGGACGCCGGAACUCGUCCUAUCGACUUUCCACUUUAAAAUCGCCCCCAAAUCGGUCAGCGUGAGCGCUGUGAUAUGUGCAAAUGCUGCUUCGUUUGUUAUCGAGUAUUUUGAGGCGGGUGCUAGCUCGAUGAGCAGCUUCAAAGAUGCCAGGCUCCUUCCUGUGGAUAUGAGCGUGGAUCCGAAAGAGAUCUUUGAGUUGCCAAUAUUCCAGUCUCGGUUGGAAUUGCUCGAAACCGAAAAAGGUACCAACUUGUUGCCGCAGAUUCAGAAGCUGAUACAAUCCAUCCAUCGCGUGAAACGCCCGGCAUUGGUGACUGGAAGAGAGGAUGCUAUUCUCGUCCUGCCUUUCCAUAGAGAAGACUCUGAGAACGACCCAUCUAUAGUCAUAUUUACCCUCCGCGCAUUUGGUGCCGACGAUGCAGCUUUUCUCUACUUCGGCUCAAUUGCUGAAUCCGCUGAAUACUUUUACGGCUCAUUUAUGGACGAAGAACCCCUCACCUGUUACGUUCUCGGGAGUCAACGGUCCGACUUGUUCAAAGAUCAACAGCUGGCCGUCUAUAAUGCCAACCUUCAACUGUUGCUGGUCCAAAUGAAGAAAAAGAGAGCAGAGUCUGAUGCCGCAGAUGACAAGCGUUCCCUUGCAACACUCCAAAAGAACAUUGCAUUUGAGACAGACAAGAUGGAUGACCUUGUGGCAAAGUCACUUAGCACACACCAAAAGAUUGCAAAGGUCGAAGAUGAACUGAGUCAACUCGACAGUAUCAAGAGUUUAGCAAUGAAUGGUUGGGCGGGUGGCGGCGAUCGUACAAGCAACGAAUCAUUCCAAGGUAGUACACCCUUCCACUAUGUCCAUGACGAGAAGCCAAGCAAGUCCGACAAAGGGACCAGUGACCCAAGACAAGCCUCUGGUUCAUCGCAUUCGACAUGGAGGAACCCUUAUUCAGGAGGUUCCAGAUCCCCGCCCGCGAUGGAUGGAUAUGAUACACCCACAAAGGAUCUACAGAGCAGUUAUGAAAUGGCACUGCGACUGCAAGCAGAGGAAAUCCCCGGAGAUGCCGAUUACCACCAGCAAGGAGACUUGCAAGAAAGUUACGAGGAGGCUGCAAGACUACAGGCACAGUUUAACGAAGAGUAUGAAGCAUCCAUGCGGCUGGCUCAGCAAAUGGAAGAAGAGGACAAAGCCCAGAUAGCAGCAUGGGAGGCUCUCAAGCAGAGAGAGCUCGCUAACCAACCCUUCGAAUGCACUAUCUGUACAGACAUGUACCCACCUUCCGAUAGUGUCAAAGUGGACGGUUGUGGGCACACCAUGUGCCGCGGUUGUCUAUUGAACCACGUCAAAGCGCAGAUUUCGGGAGCGAGAUGGCCCAUAUUCUGUCCAAUGUGUCAGCCUAAUGCCGAAAAACGAGGAG